AAUUUCACCAAGGCAAUCAAAUCAGCCAGCCACUUUACACUAGCCAUCGCGGAGGGGCGGAUCUGGCCAUUCCCGAACCUCCCGAACCACAACCAGAGCACGAAGACCAAAGAAGAAAAUGACGGCGGGAUCAAAUGAAGAUACAUACGAACUGGUCGAGGUCGAAGAGUUCGAUGCGCUCUCCGUCGAGCGCAGAACCCCGCCCAGUAUCUCCAUCUCCCCCGGCCAGGAUGGAAGAAGGAGCACACGCAGGAUGCCGGGCAACCGGCUAGACAAGGCGUGGCUUGAGGCGGACCUGGGCAAGUUUCCAGCAAAGACACAUGCUCGAAAGGUGGCCAACGAGCUCGGCGCGACGAAUGGCAUCAUCUACAUCCCCGGUCAGGAGGAGCAGUUCUACGAGAACUCGGACAUGGGUCCCAGGUUCCGCCAGCGCAGACACUUCUACUACAUCACCGGCGCCGACUUUCCGGGCUGCGCCGUGACCUACGACAUCGCAUGCGACCACCUCACCCUCUGGAUCCCGCGCGUCGAGCCCCGGAAGGUACUCUGGUUUGGGAGGACACCCACCAUUGAGCAGUGCAAGGCCGCCUCGGACCUGGACGACGUGCGCUACAUCGACGACCUCGAGCAGACCCUCGCCCGCGUGCUCCACCCGGGGUGCACCAUCUACGCGCUGCACCCGUCUCUGGUUCCCGAGGUCGGGCGCGCCAAGGUGACGGUAGUCAUCGACACGACAAAGCUCCAGCCCGCCAUCGACGAGGCCCGCGUCGUCAAGACCGACCACGAGAUCGCCCUGAUCCGUAGGGCGAAUGCCGUUUCGAGCGGCGCCCACAGAGCCGUCCUGGCCGCCCUCAGACGCUGCAACAACGAGCGCGACAUCGAGGCCAUCUUCAAAGCAUACUGCAUCUCUCACGGCGCGCCAACCCAAGCCUAUCCUGUGAUUGCCGCCUCCGGCAUCAACGCCAGUACCCUGCAUUACGAAGACAAUAACCAACCCUUCGGCGACCGCCAGCUCCUCGUCCUCGACGCCGGUGCCGAGUGGCGCUGUUACGCCAGUGACAUCACCCGCACCAUCCCCAUCCCCCGAUCCCCCGCCUCUUCCCCGACAGGGAGCGGCGGCGGCGGCGGCGGCGGCAGAGGCUUCUUCCGGUCGCGCGAGGCGGCCGCCAUCUACUCGCUGGUGGAGCGGAUGCAGGAGGAGUGCAUCGCGCGCGUCCGGCCCGGCGUCCGCUUCUUCGAGCUGCACGUGCACGCGUGCGCGGUCGCCGCGCGAGGGCUGGCCGACCUGGGCAUCCUGCGCGACGCCCCCGAGGCCCUCCGCUGGGGCACCGUCACCGCCUUCUUCCCGCACGGGCUCGGCCACCACGUCGGCCUCGAGGUGCACGACGUCGCCGGCCGGGAGAGCCUGCUCCUCGGCGUGUCGGCGGAGAGGAUGGCGCGGGCCUUGAACAGGACCAAGACGGCGAGCAGCGAAACAACAGCAGCAACGGCGGCGGCGGCGGCGGCGGCGGCGGCACCGGUGCCGGGAAUCGGUCGGAGGGCGUUUCCCAAGCGCGACCUCGUCUCACAGCAUGCCAACGCUUGCAUGGUAACGAUGGCCAGGGCGGAUCCCUCCCCGGCAACAAGCAAGCCGCUGCAGAAGCUGAGGGAGGGCAUGGUGGUGACCAUUGAGCCGGGCAUUUACUUCUGCCGCGAGUACAUCGAGGGUUUCUUUCUCAACAAACCGAUCCAUUCUAGAUUGAUCAACAAGGAGGAGCUGGCCAAGUACUGGGACGUUGGCGGCGUCCGCAUCGAGGACGACAUUCUCGUGACCAAGGACGGCUACGAGAACCUGACUUGUGCGCCCAAGGGCAAGGAGAUGUGGGAUAUCAUCAAUAAUGGGGCGUCUUCCGAGGCGGGUGACUUGUGAGGAAGGGAUGGCACGACGUGAUUUUUUUUUUUCUUUUUUCUUUUGGACAUAUUUUGUUGGACGAAUCCGGAGAUGGAAAUCGAGAGGCAGAUUUCAUGCUUAUGCUGUUGGAUACAAGUCAGGGCCUCAUAAGGACAAACAAGGUCAGGUAUCAUAGGCUACCGCUUUUAUUUCCCGCGAGAAUCCUC